GGUCAGACAUUUUAUUCUAGUAUUUUACUCAGUACACGAUUUUCAUGUUUUUUAUAAAAACAAACUAAAUUUAAUACUCGAGUUCCCUGGCUCGAAACCGAUAUUCUUUUCCAGAACAAAUGAAAAUAAACAUCCCUCAUGCAAGGAUCAGAGGUCAAAAUGAUAAGCAUAAGCCUUAUUACUUUAUGGUAAAGUUCCCAAGUGACGCCCAGGAAGAAUUCAACUGUGAUUGAGUGAAGCGUGCACACGCUCUGUGUUAUCAGUAAACGAAUUAUUGCUGAUAAACUAUAUUUUCUUUCGAAUGGCCACGGUAUUCUUUUUUACCCUGACAGAACUUCAUAGCCAACAGUGUCAAGUGCAAGCGCCAGAAAUGCACAGUGUAUUUGUAGCACCCGGCAAGUUUGCGUUUCAAAAGUGAAAUGUGGAUUAGCAUUGACUAUCUGAGUGCGUUACUAACGCUCGGAGUUGCAUUCGGUAAACAUGCAAUUUGGAAUGUGUUCGUACGUUUUUGGCCAGGUUUCGAGCGUCCGAUAAUAGAAGUACAACAAGGCAGAGUUCAGGGUGUUACAGCAAAACUUCCCAAUGGAUCCCGAUAUCAUUUUUUCAAAGGCAUUCCCUAUGCGAGAUCACCUGUGGGUGAUCUUCGUUUUCGAGCACCGGUUCGAUUGGAGCGAUUUACAAAAACAUUAUUAAACUGCAGUACUGAUAAAGGCGAUUUUAUUCAAAAUCACGUUGUGUUCGAUUGGCCUAUCAUUGGUUCCGAAAAAGAGCUAUAUCUUAACGUGUACACCCCCGCGCUACCGAAGAAGGAUUCAAACAAAUAUCCUGUAAUGGUUUAUAUUCAUGGUGGUGCCUACAAAUAUGGAACAGUGAGUUCUCUUAUAUACGACCCCGAAUAUUUGAUACAGCAGGGAGUAGUUGUGGUGACAUUCAUUUAUCGAUUGGGGCCCCUGGGUUUUCUCUGUUUACCAAAUGCUGGUAUCAGUGGGAAUGCUGGACUCAAAGAUCAACGUUUAGUUCUUCAAUGGGUUCAUGAAAAUAUCGAGCAAUUUGGUGGAGACACUGACAACGUUACACUUUUCGGCGAAAGUGCUGGCAGUUGGUCCACAUAUCUGCAUUAUUUAUCACCAAAUUCAAGAAAGUACUUCCAUAGAGUGAUAUGUCAAAGUGGCGACUCUUGCACAGAGUCCGCAUUUCAGGUCGAUCCAGAAGGGAAGGCAAGGAAGCUAGCCCGCUUGUUGGGAUGCACGGGCGACUCGGAUGAGGACGUUCUUGAUACUUUGAUGAAAGCCCCAGCCAGUGCUUUGGUAAAAUACCAAGACGAUGUCAUAGGUCCAGAUGAGGAAGGUUGUUUCCAUCGAUUUCUUUUCAAACCCGUGAUCGAGCAGCAAUCCACUGAAGACAGCAUUAUUACUCGAACACCCGAAGAAAUUAUGAAGUCCUUUGACACACUUGAUAUGCCGAUAAUGUCCGGAUGCACAAGCGGAGAAGGGAUGCUUGCAUUAACGUUGAGCAAAUAUCGCUUAGAGGACUACAACAGACAUCCUGAGUGGCUUCUACCGCGAUUCAUAGGCCAAACGAAAAACCUAGAACAGAAAAUCGGCAUUGGACAAGAGGUUAAAAACUUCUACCUUGGUGGGAAUAACAUCAGCUGGGAAGCUAUUAAUCAAACAUGCGAUUUGAUGUCGGAUGUCACAUUCGUUGUCAGCAGCAAUUUGAGCGCGGAAUGGAUAGCCAAAUUUCAGCCGAAUGUGAAGCAUUACAACUACAAUUUUUCGUUCAAUGGUCGAUUUGACCUUCUGAAGAAACUUUACAACAUAGGGUCGGUUAACGGAGUUUGCCACGGUGAUGAUAUUUUCUAUCUGUUUAGCCCAUCUUUUCUACCGACAUUGCCUACAGACAGCAACGAGUGCAAAGUACGGGAUGUUUUCGUUAAAGUCAUCACAAAUUUUGCCAAAUUCGGUGAUCCUACUCCGGGUGGAUCUAUGCUUGGUUUCGCGUGGGAACCAAUACAGCCAUUUGAUCGCAGUUCGGAACAUUUCAACUUGAGAUGCUUGGAAAUCACGCAAUCGCCACGUAUGCUGCAAAAUCCAAAUCAAGACAGAAUGGAAUUCUGGAGAAAAGUGAUUACGAAACACACGAAUUUGUUAUAAUUUAUGCUGAUGUGAUGAAUAAAACAAUGAACAACAAACCAAUUAAACAU